AUGGAAGCGUCGAUUCCACCAUUAGAGGGCGACGGUGGGAGCUGUGAAGUUCACCACGCCACCGUGCCCCCCACUGGCGCUGGUGCCGCGGACGGCGAGAAUCGAAAUGAUCGGCGGGAAUGGACGAACCAUUAUUUUAGCCCGAGACAUCGAUCAAUACCGAAACAGACAUCGCUUGAUGGACUGCGCUCGAGACCCGCCAAGCCUUUGGUGAGAUCGUCUCGCUAUCGCCUCAUCGGUUCCAGGAACCGCCCCCCCUGCAGCCCGCACCCCCAGGGGGUCGUCUGCGGAGCUCGCUCCACCCUUGGCGAGCUCUUACAACACUCCGAUUGCCAGACGUGUAGGUGCGUGUGCCGGCGCUGGGCGCGCAGUUUGUUUAACACGAUAAUUGGCCGCGACCCGUGCCCUGGCCGCUCAGCGCCGACGCCUCGACUAAUAACGGGUUCGAUCCCGCGCAAAUUUCGGACCGCACCUCAACGCACCAGGAAUGCGCCUAGAAGAGGGUUGGAUGAAUGUUCUCGUGGCUGGAGAGAACUCCUCAAUAGAUCACACGGCGCGUGGGACAUAUCGGUCGACGAACACGACACCACCGACCUCACCUCCGCCGUAAUUGAUGGCGGAUCCGGGCUUAUUAAUGGCCAU